CUCCAGUAAACAUAAUUGAAAAAGGAUAAAAAACAAACGUUGUAUCUAUAAUAAAUAUGAAUAUAAUACAACUGUAAUCAAAUGAUAAUUCUAGACUUUAGACUUUGAGUCUCUUCAGGAGAAACAUGAUGAAAACUGAUGAACUCAGAGCUGCACUUCUCCCUGUGGCCGGGCGGCGGCGUAGUUUCCACAGUGGCAGAUCUACCUCUUUAUUCGCUGAAGGAAUUUGUUGUUAAAAAUCUUUCAAACUGUCAAUCUCCUCGGGGUCCGAUCUUGUCCCGCGGGUCCGCUGCGUGUGUCCCGGGACCGGCGGCGACCGACUGGCCCGGAGGACCGUGGCCGCUCCGGGUGGCGCCGUGUCGGGCAGCUGCUCCGCGGUUUUCUGAUCUCAGACUGGAGGCUCGUUUUUUUUUUACCGCAAACCAAGUUAGCUCAACAGCUAAUCCCAAAAGUCACGUCACCUGUGCGGGACCCGACGUCAAAGUUCCCCCGCAGCGCCGGGACCUGCGGCCGAGCCGCACCUGGACGCGCUUUCUAAACUUUGUGCGCAGUGUUUUUGCGCGCGGUUCGUGUUUCAAGUCGCUUCCACGCAGCCAUUAACGUUCACGUUGGGGGACGCGGCGGCUGGAGCUCAGCUGCGGGUCGUGGAUGUCGCCGAGACCCGCAGUCACGCACGGAUAAGGUGUUUAGUCACGGGGGGAGAUGCGGUAGAGUGCGGGCACGUCGGUGUUCAGCCCGCGGACUCGGCGACUCUGGGUUUUGCUGCUCGUGAGGCCUGCGGGUCAGGCUUCUGCCGGGCUCGAGUAGAGCCCGACGCCGCCGUCGCAGCGGUCUGAGGCCGGCUGCUGCCGCCGCCGCCGCCGGGCCCGCGGACCAGGUCAUGGAGCGGAUGGAGGUGGACCAGUGCGCAGGCGCAGCUGGCGCAGCGGGAGGCGGGGCACUCCGCAGGUCGAACAGCGCCCCCAUGAUCACCAGUGUCAGUGACGGGAUGACGGUCUUCAGUCCCGUGUCCUCGGCUCGAUACCGACGCAGCAGCGUGUCCAUCAACCCCAGCUGCCCCUCGCAGCUCGUCCCUCUCUCUCCCUUCUCUCUGACCGGAGACAGACUCGACCACAAGAGGCAGGAGGAGAACAUGGAGCUGGCGCUCCGAGGGAGUCUGCAGCGACUGAGUGCUUCCAGUCUGAUUCCAGUUCCUCCCGUCAGUCAGUGGCACGACCACGCACCAGUGUGGUUUCAGUCGCAGGACAGCGGCGUCACACCCAACUCCUCGCCGAGUCCCACUAGGAGGUUCAGGCCGAGCGUCAGCGCGACGGUGAGGUGGCCCGCGCUCACGCCGCUGAAGAGGAAAGGUGGGGUGGAGUCGGACGGACCCCCAAAGAAGCUCUUUGUAGCGGGGAUAACCGAUCCUGCCAAUCGCAGCAGCUACACGGUCAGCGUCUCCCAGGCGACAGCAGACUCUCCACCAGCAGGGGGCGUCAGUCCUCAGUCCAGCCCCCUGUCCCUCUCGCCUCCCCCCUCCUUCACCUCCUUCACCUCCCACCAGCACCCGGGACACUAAGCUGCUCCGCCCACCAGCAUCUACCCCCCCCCCCCCGCACCUUAUUCCACUCUGUAAGCCCCGCCUCUUCCUGUGCCCGGACUUGACAGCCAGAGGAACCACAGGAGUUAUUUUCUGAUCUGACGGUUUCCUGCUCGUGGUCACGGAAAGUGUCCGUUUCCUUCUCAAGCAGAGAAGUUUCUCCUCAACUAUUCCAACUAUCUGGUCGGAUAUUUAAUCCCAGCAUCACUCAUCUUAAAUCGCUCUUCGGUCCAUGUUGGACUAACGUUGAGCAGAAAGACCUUUUCGCUUCGCCCCUUUUCAGUGUCAGAGCUCUGACACGAACCCGGAUUCAUCAACGGCGUCGCCACCAGCUUGUGAAAAACCCUUUGGAAGUCUUUUUGGGGAACUCAGGACACACCGGUUGUGUCGUCGGCCGUCACGCUGAUGUGAUGUUUUUUUGAAGUCUUACUGAACGAGGCAACGCGUUGAAAAACCGCGAGCAUCAACGUGGUUGAUCCAGAUCCGACACGAAGAGUUCAAGCACACGGACGAAGUUCCGACCAGAGAAGACGAGUCAAUGUCGUCAAACUUGUUUCCAGAUCGUCUCUGACGAAGCUGCAGGAAGAUCUUGGUCUUGAGUUGUAAUCAAGACGUAGAAAAAAAUGUUGAUCCGAAUCGUCUCUGAAGGAGUCGAGGUUCUUCAGGAACCCUCAGUUCUGGACCGUCAGAGAUCCAGGAACUAAACCAAGAGGAGAAACGUCGCCAACAGUUUGUCCCGGAGUUUUACUUGUUGUGAAUCGAGUAUGUAAACUAUGGAUCUUUCUUUCUAUCAGGAAGAUUCAUUUAGACGAGGUCCCGAAGCCCAAGUCAUGACUGUUCAUGACCGAUGGACCUGUAGAGAACCAGGGUUACGCACUUCAUCAUCAUCAUCGUAUCAUUUCUGCUGUUAAGUUUCAUGAGAUACACGAAGUUCUGCUGAAGAUCUUUUUCCUCUUCAGUCAACGAAGCGGAUGACUGUACAUAUGAAAAGCCUGAACAUCCGAGAAACACUAACGCGUCUUUGACCAAACCCAGAAACCAGAGGCGAGUUUAUUGUGCUCGUUAUUCCGUGAGGCCAAAACACGGAAAACAUGAAAUUCAGCAACUGAAAAUAGUUUCGGUCGUCGAAGCCGAAGAUUUUUUUUUUGUGUUUUAGCGAAAAUGUUUUGAGUCGUCUGUCGCAGCCGAGUCGCCUCGACUGGAGCUUCUGGAUUUUUUUCUAGAAGGAACUCGACAGACCCGAAGUCGUCUGCGGUCGCUUGAACUUUGACCGACAGUCGGUGAUGAACCGGCUCCUGGUCCGUCGUCGGUCUGCAGCCGGUUUGUUAAUAGUGUAUCUAUAUGUGAAUAUUGAGUUUUCUUCAGCCUGCAGAGUUCGAUCGUACUUAUUGAAUCUGCGGGAAACAAUUGAUUUUUUUCUUCUUUUGGAUCAGAACCAGUUGAUCCUCGAUCGAUCGCGUUUCCACUUCACACAAAUCCUCUUUAGUUUGACCAGUUAUAGUCGGUGGUCACCAAAGGGCUGGAAAACCUUUCAGUUGAAUUAAAUCCAAUCAUGUAAACUGACCAGAGCUGCAAUUCAAGAUUAUUUUCAUAAUCGAUUAAUCCGUCCAUUAUUUUCUGGAUAAAUUGAUCAGUUUUUUGAUUCAUAAAAUGGUGAAAAAGUCAAAAAAAAAUUCCCAAAACUCCAACAUUAUGUUCGUUUUGUCCAGACACCAAAGAUAUUUAGCUCACUUGUCAAAGAGGAGCAAAGAAACAGAACAUAUUCACAUUUAAGAAGCUGAAAUCAGAGAAUUUUGAACCGAUUAAUCGAUUAUCAAAAUAGUUGGCGAUUAAUUUAGUGAUCGAUUACUAAUCGAUUAACUGUUGCAGCUCUAAUACUGAUGUUGUCGUAGUAAAGGAUUCUGAACUGGCUGCGGCUAAAAGAUAAACUCAUGUUUCUAGGGUUAAUUAUGGCGACGGCGCGUUGACACUAACGCUGCGUUCACAGCAAACGCGAAGGGAAUUUACUUGCGUAAGUUUGGAUCGUUUCUGUUUACUCUCGAGAGUAACGUGAGGAAACACGACCCGCAGAUGUUCGCCCGUUCUCUGAAGGACGCAGACGCCGGUGACGCCGGAACGAUCUCGACGCUAACUGGCUUUUGCGACGUCAACGCGCACGAGGCUUCGUGACGGAGUUCCAUUUCAAAAUAAUGCUGGCGAGCGUCACGCAGGAGAACGUCCACAAGGGGGCAUUGGUGUCCCACCUUUUCCGGCCUCAUCGAAAUGUUACGGCGUACUAAAGUUUUCACGGGUUCCCGACCCGGAGAGACGACGGCUGGUAAACGUACGCCGGGAUCAUUUGUCCGUCACCUCUCACACGAAGGUUCCGCAGCGGACACUUCGUUACCGAUCAGCUGACGAAACAGAGCCAUUGUUGAACCGGUUGUGGAAGUCGCCCAUUUCGCUCGAGUUCAAGUAUUUCGAGUGGAGCGAGCGGAGCAUCUCUGUGCGUGAUCUCAUCCCGCAAAAAAAUUAGCUUUGCGUUUGUUGUGAACGCACCGAAAUGGUUUCAUACCAAAUCUACUAAAAUCUAAAUGUGAUCAAGUUUGUGACCAAAACAAAUUGUUACUGAACGGAAACCGUUUGGUGAUUCGCUGGUGUCGCGUCACGUUUGAGGCUCAUCCUCACGAUCAUGUUGAUCAACUUUACGCCAAUAACAAAAAAUUCACCCGUCUGGACUUUUAUCACAAUGUUUAAGGUCGAUGUUUGUUUUUCUUUUUCCGAUAAAGAUUUGAAACGAUUGUGACGCUUCGACACGAGUUCACAGACGAUGCGUGAAGCGUCUCACAACCGAAGCCGCGGUUCUGUUCUGCUUCCAGCGUUGCACUUAAAGUAUUGUACAGUUUCGUACUGUCACUCAUCAUUGUGCCUGAAGCAUGUCGUCACAUCCCGGGGGGGGGGGGGGGCGACAGUCACGAGUUGAUUUCACUUCCCACGCAUAGACCCCGGGGCUCUUCUGUGAAAGUGUCCGGGGUCGUGACCUUUCACCUGUGAGAUAUGUUUUUACAUAGAGUCUGUAAUAAGCUCUUUUCUUGUUGAAGUGUCUUUAUCCCUCUGGAAGAAAAAGAGUCCAACGUUAAAACAAAUCGUUCCAAAUCUUUUAUUUUUUAGUGACAGAUUAGACAUUGUAAUUUUCUAUUGUCAAGACUUUGCACAUGAUUUGGUAAAAUAUGUUCAUGUAAGAAAAGCUGUUUAAAGUUUUGCUCCUUUUUCUGUUUUCUCCUGCUUUAUUUCUUGUCACUGUCUCUGUGAGUCGAUCCUGCGUCUGACAGACAAACCGAAACGUUUAAACACAAUCAUAUAGUUUAUACAGACGAUCAGUGACUGUAUAUAAAGAUGACGACACGUCUCUUCUUCCUCCCGUUGUAUAAACACAAAGCUAAAAUAUCUCAGAUUCCGGAGCCGCCAUCUUGAGCUGGUGACGUCAUGUGGAGUCAGAGUCUGUGCAGUAGUGAUGUGGAGUGGAGCCCCGCCCACACACGCUCUCGACCAAUGACGGGUCAUUGUCAGCGGUCAAUCAUGACUUCUCAGCCCCAUUUUUUUUAUAUCAUCAAAUAACUAAUGAGAAGCAAAGUGAUCAGAUACAUGAACACGUGAACAAACCUCAGUGAUGAGAACGACCUCACAUGACAUGGAGGGGGCGUGGCUUAUGACCUGUACUGCAGCCAGACACCAGGGGGCGAUCAGGAGGAUUUGACUUCACUUUAGAGGAGCCGACAUGUCGCCCAUCUUUAUCUACAUGUUCCUCGUUGCAAUUUCCGAUGAACAUUAUUGUUUUAAAUCUUUGCAAAAAACUGUUUUGUGCACGGAGGAGAAACAUGCACUUAAAAAAAAAACUUGAACUUUUUAAAAGACCAGUAGUUCACACACUGAAGACGCAGGAUCGAUGAUACGCUGCCAAACUGUAGCUUUAAGAUCAUUUUCUUUAUGAUAUUUUAUCUUUGCACACGUCACCAUCCAGACUGUUGGUGAGUCUGAAGAGAGAAACUGCUUCUGUUGUAGCCGGAUCAACCAGAUCUCUGUAGUUUUCACUCUGGUGCUCGUACGAAUGUUUUAAGCCAAAAAUCCUUCAUCGAAAAUGAUCAGUUAUUGUGAGAAACAAUAACUGAUAUUAGAAGAACAGUAUUCAUGUGUGUGUUCGUGUCUCGUCUUCCUCGCCUUGCUCUUCUCAUGGUUUUCCUCAAAUCUUUUGAGCGUCGCAUCGAAACCGCAGAUUCACUCAAGUGUAUGAAAAUCAUUUGGAGUCCGGUUUUGUUUUUCUUUCCGUUUCAUGUACAAAGUUUCUUGUUGUGACAAAAAUGAAUUAUGUAUAAUGAUUCGGUAACUAAGAGAAAAAUGUCGUAUGACACAAAGAACUCGAAAAUGAUCUCGUUAGAACCUGAAGGAUCUGGUUUAAUCUUGAACUGGAACUUGUUGCAGGAAGUUUGAGGUUCUUGUUCCUUUAGAAAAACAUGAUUCACGAUGAAACAGGUUGAAAACGUUGUGUGAUCAGGAUCUGUGGAUGUUGACGUGUUCAACUGUUCUUCAGUAUUAAAGUGAUAUUUUCACUCUGGCAGAACGCGCUGAUUUCUCAGCACAAACCGGAAGGAUUUUUCACAGAGACAACACAGAUUUAAUCAAGUGAACUCGAGGUCCAAGUCGGACAUGUUUCCUGUUUUUCAAACACAAAACGUGUUUUGUUCGGCCGAAGGAUCAUUUGCGUUUACUCACCCGAGUUGUGAGUAAACGCAACGCGUGAAUAUUCGCCUGCUCGCUUCACGACGUCGGGAGAAUCUCAACACUAAUUAGAUUUCAUGACAUCGCUUCAUAUUUCGCUCCAGUUCAAACAUAUUUUGCGGUAAAGUGCUGAAAAAUGACGACCGUCUGCCGGAGUGAGAUAUGAUUUUUCAAAGGGCUGCUAAAGUUUCAUCCGAGAUGUAAAAGGGAACUAAAAGCACAACUAUGAAAGAAGCAUUGACGCAAGUAUUUUCAACGUGUAAAUAGUUUUUUCUUUUUCUUUUUUUUCCUUUUGGACAAAUUCUCUACAUAAGACAAAUGAGAUGAUGUAUUUUUAUGCAAAGUCUAUAUUCAAGUGUUCAUUCCCUCCUGACGAACUUGUGGCUGUAAACAAUGAUGCAGAAUGAGUUUAGUUUUUAGUGGAAACGAUUCAUGUACACACUAUAAAUAAAUAUAUUAUAUUGUAUAUGAAAACUACCAAUAAAAAAAAAAUCAUGAAACACA